AUGACGAGACCUACGCUCGACAUCGUCCUCGAAAACAACACGGGCUCCUCCAACGCCUUCGCCCACGUAACCGGCCUGGACCUCAACCGGAACAACGCCGUCUUCCUUCUCCAGGCUGACGGCGUCACGGGUUACUACCCGGCCUCGCCCUCGGACAUCCUCCAGCCGCUGCAGUCCGACUGCGCCAUCCCGCUCGGCGCGCCGGGUUCGACGCGGAAGCUGACGAUCCCCCAGAUCGCCGGCGGCCGCAUUUGGUUCUCUCGGGAUGGCCCGUUGAAGUUCCUCCUGAACCCGGGCCCGGCCGUGGUGGAGCCUUCGGCCACCAAUACCGCCGACCCCAACUACAACCUCAACUGGGGCUUUUGCGAGUUUACCUUCAACAGCUUCCAGGUCUUCGUCAACAUCUCGUACGUCGACUUCGUCAGUGUCCCCGUCUCCUUGACCCUCGAGAACGACGCCGGCAAGGUCACCACCGUGCCCGGCUUCCCGUCCAACGCCCUCGACACCAUUUGCGACCGCCUCCGUGCCCAGGACGCCGCCGACGGCGCCGGCUGGUCAAAGCUCGUCGUGCGCACGCCCGACGGCUCGGCGAACCUGCGCGCCCUUAGCCCUAACUCGGGCAUCGUCAUGCAGCCGGACCUGUUCCAGGGGUACUACCAACCCUAUGUCGACGCCGUUUGGGACAAGUACUGCGGCGCCGACCUUACAGUCAACACGCAGGCCGAGUGGGGCGACGUCAAGGGCCGUGUGGGCUCCGACAAUCUCCUGUCGUUUGGCGACGUCGGGUCGUUUGCCCAGCCGAGUGCGCGAGACAUCUUCAGCUGCAGCACGGGGCCGUUCGGCGGGUACCCCAAGAACCAGGCGGAGAUGGGCGCCAUCGGCGCGCGCAUCGCUGCGGCCUUUAACCGGUCGACGCUGCUCAUCAACGACCAGCAGCCCGAGGGGGAGAGCGUGGGCAAGUAUUACAAGGAUGCGCGGACGAACCACUACUCGCGCAUCUGUCACGAGGUCAGCCCCGACGGCCGCGGAUAUGCGUUCCCCUACGACGACGUGGGCCCAGCGAACGGUCCGGACCAGUCCGGGUCGCUUUUCGACUCCAACCCGAAGCUUCUGACGAUUGGCAUUGGCGGAGAGAACGCGGCUGCGGUGCAGGAGGAGCUAUAG